GAAAGUUAGUAAGCACAAAAGAUGAAUUGCGUUUAUUUUGAUACACCCCGCUAACGUGAACUACGUGUAACUGCAAUUUACGCUCAACUGUGUGGUUAAAGUUAUCCUCUAUUUAACUGCUAAAGAGGCAGUAAAAAAGUAAUUAAGAAUUUUGUACAAUCGUCCCCAGUCAUUUUAUCGUCUCACCUCCGAGCAGCAGCUUUUCCCUUUCCUUUGUUUAGCAUAUCAUAUUAUCAUUUAGAAAUAUUUAUGCAGAUCUUUACUUUUAACAUCUCCCCUGGAUCUACCCCCUGCUAUCUUUACAAAAUAUUUAACACUCAUUAGACUUUUUCAUGUUUCAUCUCUUUUUAUACACAAUUAACUGACAUAUUUUUUGAGGAGAAGAGGAGUUUUUGGGCCUCGGUCAGAUUCCUAUCUUUUACGGAUUCCUGUUUUGUUUAGAUAAUUAUGCCCUCUUCAUUUUUUUUUAUUGUUAUAGAAUGUUAUUCAGAAAACCUCUUUCAAGAAACCAGUCUGUGUAAUAUUUAAAAAUAUUUUGAUAAUUUCAGAUAUUGACGAGUGUUCUCUGGGAAUCCACAAAUGUCAUGCUCAAGCAAGUUGUAUCAACAUUAAUGGGUCAUAUCGUUGUGAAUGUCUCGUUGGGUAUUCUGGUGAUGGAAGGAUGUGUAAAGGUAAGUACAUAUAAGUAAGUCAAUCACCCAAUAACAUGCGUGAAGUUUGUUUUUUUCAAGCUUCCCCAUGUAUAUUACUAGGGACACUUCACGUCUCUAAGUCAUAUAUUCUCACUGAGCAAGCUGUCGGCAUUCGGCUGCAACAUGUGGGAAACGUCCACCUCCUCUCAAAACGCGCAUUCUGUACCUUUUCCAAGAUUUUGUUUUUGUCAAUAACGUACAUUUCUCAUAUCAUUCUUUCAGUUUUCUUUUAUAAUUUAACCCUGAUCCCAAUACAUGUCAACUCAUUUAACAUCUGGUAUCUGAUGUGCAAUUGAAAAGUAUACAAAAAAUUGUAAUACAAACAUCCAUAACGUCACAUUAAUUCAGAAAAAGUACACAGGGAAAAUUUUAUCAUCAUAGUUGGAAAAAUUAAUCCGUGCUCACUAAAUUUCUUUUUUUGAAAGACUUUUCUAUCAAUGAAAGUUUUUGACAAUUUUGUCGACGAUUAUAAGCAGCUUGAACUCUGGAGAAUCGCGUUCCAGCAAUCAUUUCUUUAAUUUUUUAGCAAAAGCAAACAAUUUGAAUCUGUCCUCUUUCCAGUAAUUCUGGAUCCUGGGCCUUGUUCCCUGUCCUAUCAAUCCGCCUCUGACUCUUUCUAGCUUUUUCGUCAAUAAUUUUCUAGUUUCCCUGCAAUUAUCCUUUACAGAUUCCUGUUUUGUCUAAACAAUAAUGCCAGCUCCAUCGUGUUUCUUAUUGUUAUAGAAUGUCGUUCAGACAAGCUAGUUAAUUGAACCAGUCUAAUAUUGAACAAAAAUAUUUCAGAUAUUGACGAGUGUUCUUUGGGAAUCCACAAAUGUCAUGCACAAGCAAGUUGUACCAACACUAAUGGAUCAUAUCGUUGUGAAUGUCUCGUUGGGAAUUCUGGUGAUGGAAAGGUGUGUAAAGGUAAGUACAUGUGAGUAUUACGAAAACUGUGGAUGUAUCCUCUCGCCUAUCUUGCUAGCAGACGUUCAUUUUGGUUGGGCCUGCCCGGUAGGAGCAUGGCAUUUUUUCUCGGGCGAGAGGGAGCUAAUAAUCUAAAGGCUUGCGUUCAGUUGGUUUUUUGCGGUCAGUUGGGCCAGUUCAUGUCUCUAAAUCGUAUAUUUUUACUGUGGAAGUCAUCAGCAUUCUUCUAUAACCUUCAACGGCCUUAUAAAUCCCAAGCAUUCAGCUACAAUUUGAGAGAAACAUCUUCUCUCGAAACGCAAAUUCUGUACUUGCCCUAGAUAUCUUCUUUGCCAGUGAUGUUUCUCAUAUCAAUCCUUUAGUUUACUUCUUUAAUUCAUGCAGCCAUUCUUAACACAUAACAGCUCAAUUCAUAUCUGGUAUCGGAUGUGUGAUUGAAAAGUAUGCAAAAAAGUUAUAAUGCAAACAUCCGUAAUGUGAACUAAACAGAAUAGUUGUCCAGAGAAAAUUUCAUCACCACAAGCGUCCAGUGGGAAAAAUUAAUCCGCACUUACGCGGGUUCCUUUUGGAAAGAUUUUUUUGUCAACAAAUAGCCUGCACUGAGUUCGGCCAAUCGCCUUCCAGGAAUCAUAUCUGAAAUGAAUUUUUAGUAAGAGCAAAAUUUCUGAAUCUUUCUUCUUUCCAUUAAUUUAAUUCUAGGCCCCAAAGUUCUUCGGACCUCGGUCUGCAUCCUAUUGCCCGAUCGCUCAAUCCGCUCUCGAUCCUUGGGUAUGACGGCUUCUCCGUCAAUAAAUUUUUAGUUUCUCUGCCAAUAUCAUAUAUAAAUUCCUGUCUUGUCUAGACAACCAUGCUAGCUCCUUCCUUUUUCAUUGUUCUAGAAUGUUAUUCAAAAAAGCUGGAAUAUUGAACAAAAAUAUUUUGAUUAUUUCAGAUAUUGACGAGUGUUCUCUUGGAAUCCACAAAUGUCAUGCAAACGCAGUUUGUAUCAACACUAAUGGAUCGUAUCGUUGCGAAUGUCUCGUUGGGUAUUCUGGUGAUGGAAAGAUGUGCAAAGGUAAGUACAUGUUAGUAAGCCAAUCUCCCAAUAACGUUGUGAGAGUGAAGUUGGGGUUUUCAAGUUUCCCGAUGUAUAUCUCUAACGCACGUACUCUAAAAGCUCACUCACACUCAAUGAGUGGAAGUUCAAUCUGAGCUUCUCUCGAGUGUCAUUGCUGUUUUGAAUAGCUGGAAGGCUAGUGUCAUACCUUACUAUGUGACUGCUCACUCUCCAGCUUUUCAAAAACAGCAUUGACACUCAACAGAAGCUCAGCUUGAAACUCCACUCAUUAAGUGAGUGGGUGAGUGAGCUUUUAGAAUACGGGCGUAAAUCAUAUACUCUCACCGAGCAAGUUGUUGGCAUUCUGCUACAACGUGUGGGAAUUUCUCCUCUUCUGUCAAGAUUCCGCACUUUCCCGAGAUCUCUUUUUUGUCAAUGACAUUUUCAUAUCUCGAAUCGGAUGUGUAAUUAAAAACUACUGAUACGCGUUAGUCAUUUUAUCGUCUCACUUUCUGACCAGUUGCUUGUCAGAUCUUACAUUGAGCGAACAGGGUAUGAUGGGUAUUGUUGAUCUUGAGUCUUAGAUUCGAUCUUUGAGCCUUAGAUUGACCAAAUAGCCCAACAUCGAAAGUGUUCAUUACAAUGUUCUAGCAUUGUUGCAAAGCGAAUUUGCCGAGUUCAAGGUUUUAAAUAUAGGGAGUUAUCCAUCAUCCCUUGCCCGCUCAAUCUUUAAGGUUUAAGAUUUUUUAAGGGCAACCUUUUUUGAAUUAGCUGCGAUAAAAUCAAGCAUAGUCUAAGAAGAAUAUUUUUGAUUUUUUCUUAAGGGAGACAUAACAUUGUUAAUUUUAUUAUUGAGGAUAUUCUAUAUGUAAUAUGUUCACUCCCUUGUUUACAAUGGUGUAUUUUGUAUAAUCAGGUCUCCUAUAUCAAGCAUGCAAGUUGUUAAUUAAUUAAUUAAUUAAUUAAUUAAUUAAUUACUUAAUUAAUUAAUUAAUUAAUUAAUUAAUUAAUUGACAACCUGCAUGCUUGAUAUAGGAGACGUGAUUAUACAAAAUACACCAUUGUAAACAAGGGAGUGAACAUAUUACAUAUAGAAUAUCCUCAAUAAUAAAAUUAACAAUGUUAUGUCUCCCUUAAGAAAAAUUCAAAAAUAUUCUUCUUAAUUAAUUAAUUAGUUAAUUAAUUAAUUAAUUAAUUAAUUAAUUAAUUAAUUAAUUAAUUAAUUAAUUAAUUAAUUAAUUAAUUAAUUAAUUAAUUAAUUAAUUAAUUAAUUAAUUAAGCAUACUGAUAGUCAAAGAAAAAAUUUGAGCUGAUCAUUGCGUUUAGAAACAUGACUUCUGCACUUGUCUGCUAUACUAUUUUUACACAAUAUCUUGUCCUCAUUAGACCUUCUCCUUUUUUAAUAUCUCUGUUUGCUCUUUUUAUAUACAACAUAUACUGACAUAGCUUGAUACAUUGGGUAUGACAGCUUCUACUUAGUCUCCCUACCAUUAUCUUUAUAGGUUACUGUCUUGUCUAGACAAUCAUGCCAACUCCAAUUAUAUUUUUUUACUGUUAAUGUAUUCAGAAAAAAUCUUUCAUUUGCCCAGUCUGUGUAAUUGAACAAAAUAUUUUGAUUAUAUCAGAUAUUGACGAGUGUUCUGUCGGAAUCCAGAAAUGUCAUAUACAAGCAAGAUGUAUUAACAAUAAUGGAUCAUAUCAUUGCGAAUGUCUCGUUGGGUAUUCUGGUAAUGGAAAGUUGUGUAAAGGUAUGUAAGCUAAGUAUAAGUGUGAUUGUGCUAACCAUCCUAACUUGCAGCUGAGGCCUGGACUAGAUUACGAAGGCUGCAGCUAAACCGGAUUCGGUUGACGGCUAAAGAAGGCGUCUGCGACUCGGCCACCUGAUCUGUUCACGUAACACUGCUGCAAUGAAACGGUUACUUAAUGUUUUAUCUCAAUUUGGAGAUAUGAAAAGAAAAGUGUCUGUAUAUUGAGCUGUCGCCCAAACAAAUAAAGAAACCACUUUUCCUCACGACGCAGGGAAUUCGGGGAGGAUGGAGGUCCCUGUCAGUUAGUUUUUAGUUGGUUCGUAAAUGGACAACUGGCAAUUCGUUUCUUUAAUUCCCUUUGAAUUUUUAAUUUUCAGGGGACGUGUAGAUACAUUCUGUUUGAUGUAAUAUAGACUUUUUCUCUUGUAAUAAUGUAUACGAACAAAAUUAAACCUAGAAUGUUUUGAUUAUUUCAGAUUUUGACGAAUGUUCUCAUACCAAGCACACAUGCGAUGCAAAUGCAAAAUGUAAAAACACCAUUGGAUCAUACCUGUGUGAAUGUUCCUCUGGAUUUUUAAAAGACGGAAAUAUUUGCACCGGUAUUGAAUAUCUUUAAGAAAAUUAAUUAACAAUUCCGUAUUAAUUACUACAUUUAAUUGACAUUACUACAUUUAAUUAAUGGACAUUAUUUCAGAUAUUGACGAAUGUUCUCUGGGUAUACACACAUGCGAUGUAAAUGCUAAUUGUAAAAACAAUAUUGGAUCAUACCAAUGUCAAUGUCACACUGGAUUUUCUGGAGAUGGAAGCACUUGCAUAGGUAUGAGAACUUCUACAAAAAAAUUUGUAUUAAUUUAGAGAUAACGCACUGUAUACCUAUAGAGAUUACUUAACAUGACUAAAAAGUUGAUUAUAUAUUUGAGACAUGGAUGAGUGUUUCCUGGGCAAUAACAAGUGCCAUGCAAAGGCAAAAUGUAGCAACACUGCUGGAUCCUAUCAUUGUGUCUGUCUUGUUGGAUAUUCUGGAGAUGGAAAUAUAUGUAAAGGUACAUUUUUAGUUCAAAAGAGUCAAUGAGUGAGAAGGAGUCGUUUUGGGAUCAAUUUGACCCCAUAACGACUCUUUUACUAUCGUUUUAACUCUUUUGAAUUUAGAGUGUAGAAAACUUUAAUACUUUCAAAAAAGGUGUUCAUGUAUGAAGGUCCCAUAGGAUGGGGUCUAGUCCCAUUUUCCAACCCACUUCUUUGUCUAAAUCCCAUUACUGGGCCCUUCAACUUAAUAUCUUCCAGAACAGUUGUUUCACCUAUAUGUUCACUUUCGGAACACAAUAUUCUGCAUCCAACUGCUAGCUAGCUCUCUUUACACAUAACUUCACGAAGUGAAAGGUUUGAAGUUCAUAAAUACCUGCCAUUUUUGUCACAUACUAGGCAUACGAAGUAAUUCACUGACUUCCAAUGCUAUAAAAAAUGACUUCGACUCAGAAAAUGGUAGAAUUCAGUCUUCCAUGCAGGAUAUUUUUAGACAAUCAAAAGUAAUUCUGUAGCUUUCUUCGAAGUUAUUUAAACUCUGAGAUAUCUAACUGCAGCUUUACAAUAGAAUAUGAGUUUUUCUAAUUCCCACUUUUGUGUCUGUCAUUUCCAAUCCCAGUAACCCAACUUCCAUUUCCCCAGUCCAAAAAAGGAAAUCCCAGAGACAAGGAAUCUUGUUUUCGCAUUCUUAUACUAUUUCACAUUUUUUUCUUGAUGGUAAAUAGCAUUUAUUCAAUUUAUGAAAAUUUCAGUGUAAUUGGAAUUUCUGCUCUUCCUUUGUCUUGGAAUUACGUUUUUCCAAACACACGCUGGUCAUAUUCAGCAAGUACAGCAGGCUCGCAUUUUCCAGCGGACUUGCGGUAAAAAUUGAAAGUUUUGCAUUUCGCACAGUACUAUAUUAGAUGUCCGCUGCAAUACGAGCCCGCACGAGUGGGAGUAAUUUCGCUAAAUUUGGCCAAAUGUGACAAACAAGAGCAAGAUAUUCCUUAUCCGUGACCAAAUGAAUCUAUUUAAUAAUAAAUCACUGCAUGAAACUAGACAUUACUGAAAGCAUUAUCAUUGUGUUUCAGAUAUUGACGAAUGUUCUCUGGGCAGCAAUAAAUGCGCUUUAAAUGCGAAAUGCAAAAAUACGAUUGGAUCAUAUCUAUGUCAAUGUCACACUGGAUUUUCGGGAGAUGGAAACAUAUGCAAAGGUAUGGCAAAUUUUUAAAACACAUCACCUACUUCAACCUGCAUCCUACUUCAACCGAAUUUUUAAAAUAUAAAACUACGCCUGUAGAAUACUUCCUCCAACCAGCUUCGCCAGCCUCUCCUUUUUUGAAAGAAACAUUAAGGACACGUACAAAAAAUGUUUACAGACAAAAUUUGACAUAGACAUGCAGGGACGUUGCGAGGACUUUGCCUUUGGGGGUUGUAAGGUUAGAAUUACCUGAAAUUAUCCAACUGAACAUUUUUACCUGAUUUUGCGACGCAUGCAUACCCAGAACAUUUUAGUCGCAAAAAUUUUUCCGGAAAUAUCAAAUAUUUUCCAAACAUAUCGUAAUUUUCGCGAUUAUAUAAAAUUAUCUCCGCAUGUUUUGAAUGAAUUUUUUGUGAUAUCUCUGAUCAUUUACCAAUAGUUCAUAUACAAAAUUCAAAAAAUUACCAUGAAAAAAACUUCAAAAACUGAAUUUACCUGUAAAAGGAUUCUCAAUGAUGCCAAUGUUCAAUCAUUUACUAAUACAAUUAAAAAUAUAUAACACUACAGAGUCCUACAACAAAUUUUUCAACUUAUUUUCAACAUGAAUUUUUUUUCUGUGUUGGUGUUGUGUACUCAGGUGAAUAAUAUGUUUGCGAUGUUACUCUGAGUGCAUAUCCACACCGGGCGAGCUUGAAAAAUAUGCCCGGCCACGGUGGGAUUCGAACCUACGACCUUGGGAAUUACUCGAACCGUCCUGACCUCGUAGCUCAGUUGGAAGAGCGUUGGGCUAGUAUUCCAAAGGUCAUAGGUUCGAAUCCCACCGUGGCCGGGCAUAUUUUUCAAGCUCGCCCGGUGUGGAUAUGCACUCAGAGUAACAUCGCAAACAUAUUAUUUUCAAUAUCCUAUGAAAAAACUUUCAUUAGCAAAGAAAGUGACGAAAAGUAAGAUUGACAAAAAUAGAAGCCCAUGGAUGACAAGUUGUAUUGCAAAAUCAGUUAAACAAAAGAACAGGUUAUAUAAAAAAUGCUUCCAAUACCCUAAAGGAGAAAACGAAAAAAUAUACAAAAAAUAUAAAAAUAAAUUAAAUCAUGUAAUAAAAGUGGCAAAAAAGAAAUAUUAUGAAGAACAAUUAAUACAAUAUAAACAUAAUACAAAGGUAUUAUGGAAAACAUUAAAUGAAAUUAUGAACCGAAAUAAGAUAAAUAGGAUGUUACCAAACGAAUUUAAUGGUAAUAGACCAGGAGAAAAAAUUACUGAUCCAAAUGCAAUAGCAAAUAGAUUCAAUGACUAUUUUGUAAAUAUUGGCCCAAGUCUAGCAAAAAAGCUCCCGAAUUCCAAAACAGCCUUUGAGAAAUAUCUCACUAACAGCUGUAAAAAUAGCUUCUUUAUUAGUCCAAUAACUAAAUAUGAAUUAGAAAAUGAGAUAAACAAUUUGAAUUCCAAAAAAAGCCCUGGGUAUGAUGGAAUAAAUUCACAAGUUAUCAAAACAGUUGCUACAGAAAUUUCUGAACCACUUUCACAUGUGUUCAACUUGACUUUCCUCACAGGAAUUAUCCCUGAUGAUCUAAAAAUACUAGUUAGCCCUAUUUUCAAGGAAAACGAAAAGAAUGAAUUUAAAAAUUAUCGGCCCAUAUCUGUUCUCACUUGUUUUUCUAAAUUAUUAAAAAAACUUAUGUAUAAGAGAUUAAUUAACCACAUAGAAAAAAAUAACAUAUUAACACAACGUCAGUAUGGUUUUAGGGAAAAUAUAUCCACUGAACUUGCAAUCAUAGAACUUGUUGACAGAAUUACUAAAGCAAUCGAUAAAGGAGAAUACACGAUAGGUAUUUUCCUCGACUUGUCAAAAGCCUUUGACACAAUUGAUCACAAGAUAUUGAUCUAAAAACUUGAUCACUAUGGUAUACGCGAAAUAACUCAAUUAUGGUUUGAAGAUUAUUGAAGAAAUAGAAAACAAAUUGUUAAAUUCAACCAAAUUAAAUCAAAAGAAAUGGUAAUUAAGAGUGGUGUCCCACAGGGGUCAAUUCUUGGGCCAAUACUCUUUCUGCUUUAUAUAAAUAAUAUUGAAAAUUGCAGUAAAUUGAUUUCAUUUAUAUUAUUUGCAGAUGACACUAAUAUAUAUUUUAUAGUAACAAGUGUCUAAAAACACUUAGUAAUAUUAUACAAACAGAAAUUGAUAAAGUUGCUGAAUAGUUAAAUGUGAAUAAAUUAUCUUUAAAUACUACAAAAACUAAAGUUAUUUUAUUUAGAUUCCAAAUAAAAAACCAAGCCAAAUAAUUAAAAUUAACAUAAAUGGUAAAAAUAUUGAACAAUUAGUUAAAACUACAACCUUCUUUGGUAUUAUCAUUGACGAAUAUUUGACCUGGAAAGAUCAUAUAGCUAAGGUAACAAAGAAAGUAGUUAGAGCUUCUGGUAUAAUAGCUAAAAUGCGACACUUCGUGAACCGAAAUUCAUUAAAACUGAUAUAUUAUGCAUUAGUCUAUCCAUAGUUGAUUUAUGGCAACUUAACAUGGGGUAAUACUUAUAAAAGUAGAAUCCAAAAAUAAUGAAUAUACAAAAAAAAUUGUGCGCCUAGUGACUUUCAAGUCUUACUUAGAGCACAGUGAGCCAAUUUUCAAAGAUUUAUAUAUCCUAGACAUCUUCAAUAUCAAUUACUAUUUAACUGCCUUAUUUAUGUUUCGAUACAACCACCUUAAUAAUUUACUAGAUUUCUUUAAAAAUUAUGUUUUAAUAAACAACCAAAUUCAUGAACAUAACACGAGAAAUGCUUCAAAGCUUCACAAAUGUUAUAAAAGGACAAAUUAUGUAAAACACACUCUCUCAAAUAAAGGAUUUGAUGUAUGGAAUUCGUUAGAAACAAAACUUAAUCAAAUAAACUUCUGUAACACCUUCAAAAAAAAAAUUAAACAACAUUUUCUGCUAUACACAAUGCCAAUAUAUAAGACAUGCAAUAUAUAACAUGUACUUCUUAUCUAUAUGUAUAUAAUAUACUACUUCAGUAUAUGGUAGCCCAAUCAUUGUAAAAAUUCAAAUGUAUCUACAACAUAUUUAAUUUAUAUAAUACGAAAAUUCUCCCUUCUUUUUCUCUUUUGUACAUAUAGUAUAUAUACAUCAAAACUUUCUGAUUUUACACAUUGUAUUGAUUGACUGUAAAUAAUUAAUAUGUAAUCUAUCGCAAAUGAACAGUAACUAGAGGCCUAAAUAAAAAAGUCUAUCAAGAUUUCUAGUUGUUCUCUAGCCCAAAAUCUUUAAAUUAUUGUAACAUAUUUUAAGUAGCUUUUUUUAUAUAUAUACAUGGGAAAACAAUAAAAAAAAAGUACAAAAAAUUUUUCCGACAUCAUAAUUUUUUCCAAAAUUCUUAAUUUUUACGAAAACACAAAACAAUUUUCCAAACAUAGACUUUCUUUACCACUGAAAACUACGUGAACUUGAAAUCUACCUGAAUUUACCUGAAAAUCUAAUGCAAAUCUACAUGAAAUAGCUCAUGAUCAAUUAUUAGGGGGGUGUUGCACCCCCCACACCCCUAGCUGUCGCUACGGCCCUGUAGACAUGUCAUGCACGUGGACAUUGCUGCCUGACUGCUCUUGACACAUUUUCUAAUUUAAAUACUGAGUGUGCUGUUUAUUUCUUGUCAGUCUUUGAACAUUGACAUUGUAGAGUCUGUUAUAUGUUGUAUUGUGACGGUGAGCACCUUGCAUGGGACUUUGUGCCUCGUUCGUGCAUUAAUUUGGCCGUUUUCUACAAAUUGUGCUUAUGUUGCAAUAUAGUUGAGGUUCUGUUUGUCAGUUGUUGUAUUUGUUCUUGUGAGUGUUUGUCAUAUCGUGUUCAGACUUUUAAUAGUAGAUCUUGUAGAAUACUCAUUACAAUCACGAAGAUAAAUCUGUAAUAAUCACAUGAUUCAAUAUUUUAAUUGAAAUUCAGGCAUUUAAGAGUGUUUUGGUGGCAUUUUCUCCCAUAACCAGGGCCGUAGCCACUAUAUCAUAAAUGGUCAAGUUAAUAGUUUUUGAUUUUCUAACGCUAUUUUCUGCAUUUUGUGGGAUAUUUUAACCAAAUAAUUUGAAUCGUAAACAAGGAAACGUUUAUGCAAUAAAGCAGAAAACAAGACCUAAACAACUUUCAUACAUUAUAUGCAUUUUAUGCGAACAGCUUCAGGUUCUUUUUUCUCAACAUGCGAUUGUUAAUUACUAACGACUUUAAACAAGGAAAUGGGAUGUUGUGUGCAUCAAAUUUGCAGAAAGACCUAAGGUUCGGUGCCUCAGGAUACAUAUAAGUUAACAUUACAACUAAUAUACAAUUAUUGGGCGAGGUUGAGAAAAAUAUCGAUGCCAAAUGGAGAGGCAAAUAAUUUGUCUGCGAGCCACUGACAAAUCGCGAAAUUUUGCGAUAACCGAUUUCAGUAAUUGUUUUGUUAUUUACUUAUUCAUUUUCGAAAUUUAAUGGCCGUCACUAAGUUCAACAAAUCUGUACAAUAACAAUAUCUGAAAAUUUAGCAAUCCAUGUGUACUUUUUUAUCUGAAUUGAUUUUCAAAAAUAUUAAUUAAAUGCGCAUGCAUAAUUCGAUAUUUUGCAAUUGAUAAUUGAUUUCAAAAGUGCGCAUGCUCAGAUCAUUAUUGGCACCAGUAAUUUUCAGCUGACAUAUUAUUCUCACCAGUUAUUUGUAGGCAAAUUAGCCAAUCAACGUUGAUAAAAUGAAUAAGUAAAUGAUAAUUUUUAGAAACUGGAUUGAUUUAAAGUAUAUAUUACUUAAAAUGCAUUAGCAGCUUUGCUGUUUCUUGUCCUUAUUCUAUUGAGAUUGAAUGCCAUGACACAGAUGAGCGAAUGGCCAAAUAUCGAACCACUGUCUUUGAGCUUUGCAAAGAACAAGUUUAGAAAGAGCGGUUUUGAACUAUUAGUCACCAUAAAUCUCGGCCGUCCACACACGUGCAAGCUGCCGCUGGACCUUUACAUUUCCCAAUAUUUCUGUGUCAACUUCCACAACAAAUAAAUGUCAUCAGUCAUCGUCGUACAUAUUAUAUAUCAACAUUAAUUUAAUAAGCGAAAGCAGUGCCCGGUUUUUAACAGCGGUAAUAAUAUUACUUUCUACAUCUCCUUGGGCUAGUCCCCGAGCCUAUGGCGCGAAGCGCCGUGCGUGGGUACUAUCCCCCCGGCCAUUUACACCUGGGGAAACGAAAGCAUUAGCGAAGUCUAAAAUUCAUCAAUGAUCGCGGGCGUGGCUCACCAACAAUGUUUCGAUGGGCGGUCAUCCUCACUGAUCUCAAAUAUACGGCGGACUGUCAUGAAUAGCGGACACUGGUUGGUCCAAUUUAAAGUUUGCAUUAUAUAAACGACUGCAUGACGACAGCGCAAAUAUUUCUUGAUUUGAUGAUUGAUAAAUUUCUUGCAAAUAUGUUUCAUUUUUGCUCGCAUUUUUGCAAGAUUUUGUAAAUUUCAAAAGCUUUCUCAGAAAGAAACGUUUUGCGAAGCGUUUGUGGUUGAAUUUUACCUUAAAUUGAAGCUUAUAUUACGUAUAAUAACAUACCUAACAUAUAAAUGUUGGGAAAUUGAUAAUUUUGUAACUAAAAGUGAUAUUUUUAGGCAAUUUUUCAUUUGUAAGAAUAUUCUUAAAAAAGUAUCGUGUUACCAUGACAACUACUUUAGAUACUUCAUGUUCGGAAAAUGGAAUGGUUUUGUCAGCAAGGCAAGGGUUUCUGCAUGCAUGUAUUUUCUAGUGUAUAAAUGUUUCGUCAGUUCCAAAGUACAUUAUGCUUAUAUUGUACAAAUAAAAACGCUUCUGCCUCUCUAUUCAAAACCAUAUCAUUGGAACUAUUGUUAUUGCAGUCUUUUCUAUCUAUAAAAGUGCUUAUAAUAGGCCUUGUAUACAAGAAAUAUUCUAACGAAAAUAUUUUGAUUAUUUUAGAUCUUGACGAGUGCUCUCUAGGAAGCUAUAAAUGCCAUGCAUACUCAAAAUGUACCAACACUAUUGGAUCAUACAAAUGUAAAUGUCUGGGUGGAUACUAUAGUGUUAGAGAUAUAUGUAAAGGUAUAAAACUUACUUUUAAGUAGAAAAUCUUAUCAAAGCAUGGUGUUUACCUAAAUUCGAUAUUCAAUGUUAAAAGUUGACGUGAUAAAUUGAUUGUUCACGUAACACUGCUGAACAAUCGACUGUCGAAGUUAAAUUGAUUGAGGAAGGUAGCGAAACAAAUGGAAUUUUGGGACAGUAUUUCAAAUGGCAUUUCGUGUGUUCUGGGAAAUUUAACUACCCACAACAACGACAAGCAUAUUUUAAAGAUAAGCCUACUAUUAGUUCUUUCAAACGAGAUGCCAUAAGCAGGACCGUAACUUGGGUAUUACGACUGGGGGGGGGUACGUAUGAGUUUGUUUAGGCCGACCAAAUGGGCGGGGCGGAAGUCGUGACGAACGGGGGGGGGAAGUUUUCCUACAAUUAAUACUUUUCAAAAAAUUAUGUAAAAUAUGUUGCUGAAUUACAUAUUUUUUGCCCGACCAAAAAAUAUGUAAUUUUUUUAUUAAAAUUGCUAAAAUUGCCCGAUCGACAAAACUGCAAUAUUACAACAUUGGGUGGAGGGGGGACACUCCUAGGAGUUACUCCCCUAGCCAUAAGCUACUAUUAGUUCUAUUGAGGUGCCGAAAGCAAGCUCCUAUUUAUAGUUCUAUCGAACAAAAUGCCAAAAAUCUCGGUACUUACCAACAUAGUUCUACUGGCAUUAGUACAUUAUAUAUACAGGAAUCGGCGGUCCAUGCUCAACAACUGGACUCUAGCUGUAGCUCAGUUGGUUAAUUAGAGUAGUUCGUCGGAAUCAAAGAACCACAUGUUCCAUUCCAGCCAGAGAGAUGAUAAUUGCUCCUGGUUAAGUCUAUAAACAAUACAAACAACUUACACUCGCAAAUUCCAUCAACAAAACCAUUCAAGAUGUAUUCGUAAUUUUCACACUUGGCACACAGAUCCUCCUUGUAAAAAAUUGAUGGUGUACUUUUAAAACCUUUGGAAUGGUGUCAUUUCUUCUAUUCGAUGUCGAAAGACACAAAAAUUCCGAAAUUUAAUCAGAAAUUUUGCAACAAACCAAUUUUGAUCUGCGAAUUUAAUGUGGAAGUGUACGUUAGAGAAACUGAAAUCACUGCUCAACCCCAGAUUUAUUUAUUGAACAUCACUUUAAUAUUAUGAUCGCAUUUCAGAUGUUGACGAGUGUAUUCUGGAUAGUCAUAUAUGUCACGCCAAAGCAAACUGUACCAACACCAUUGGAUCAUAUCAAUGUCGAUGUCAUACUGGAUAUUCUGGAGAUGGAAUGAUUUGUAAAGGUAUAUAAUUACUACAUACAAGCAGCAGUAUCUAUCAAUCUUUUGUUCUGCUACAUUUAGCAGCUAACCUGUAUCAUCAUUACUCAACAACUGUAGCUGAGUUGGUUAAUUAGAGUGCUUCAACGAAAUCGCAGGGCCACAUGUUCCAUUUCAGCCAGAGAGAUGAUAGUUGCUCCUGGUUAAGUCUGUAAACAACCUAUACGUGCAAUUUUCAACAACAAAACAUUUCAAGAUGUAUUAGUAAUUUCACAUUUGCAUUUCUAUAGAACAAACAGAUUUUUAAAAACUGCGCAUUUCAUGUGGAAGUGCACAAAUUAGAAAAACUGAAAUCACUGCAGUACUGCAGAUUAUUGAACAUUAUUUUAAUAUUAUGAUCGCAUUUCAGAUGUUGACGAGUGUAUUCUAGAUAGUCAUAUAUGUCACACCAAAGCGAACUGUACCAACACUAUUGGAUCACAUCAAUGUCAUUGUCAAACUGGCUAUUCUGGAGAUGGAAUGAUGUGCAAAGGUAUAUUCCUAGAUUUGCA